AUGGCAGACAUUCACAGACGAAUGCUCGUCUCAUGGAGAAAAUGGAGCCAAAGUCGAACCUCUGUCCAGUCGGCUCUCAGCCCUUUGGAGCUUGAAGCCGUGAAUGCCAUAUAUUCGCCGCUCGACCACGAUCUUGACGAGAUCAGACUCGUGGAAUUACAACCCUCCGCGAGAAUUGAUGCCGAAAUUGUCUGCAAAUUGAAGGUGGUCUCAUUUGACCAGCGUGUGCCGGACUACGAGGGUCUGUCGUACGCAUGGGGCGAUCCUCGUAGCGUCGAUUUCGUCAAACUCAAUGGGGUUCUCACCCCUAUUACUACCAAUCUAGCCGCAGCCCUGAGACACCUUCGAAAGCCCUCCGAGGUCCGAGUGUUGUGGAUCGAUGCUCUGUCAAUAAAUCAAUCCGACAACCGCGAGCGCGCCCACCAGGUCAAAACGAUGAAGAAGAUCUAUCAGAAUGCACAGGCAACGAGGAUUUGGCUCGGACUGGCUGGACCAGAAAACGACAUUGCGUUCGAUUUCUUCAUCUACCUGGCUCUCGCUAUGCGGGAACGGACUUUCUCUGAUACCAUGCCUACGUUUUUGCAAGAAGGCAUGAAGCAUCUGCUUCAGUUCAAAGAACUAUUCCAGCGGUCGUGGUGGAGCCGAGUCUGGGUUCUGCAGGAAGCGAUCCUCGGUCCUGUUGCUUUCCUGCAUUCUGGUCACAGACAGAUACCUCUGCAUCAAAUGCUAGACGCCUACAACUUCCUGCGAAGCUCGGGAGAAAAUGGAUUACUCAGACUUGCAAGACAGAUCAUCAAUGUCCAACAUCUCUCGGACCUGGUAGCGUGUAUGCGCCAGAGCCUGGACCUGAUCGAAGACUUGCGGAGUUUCUAUUUGCACACGGAUCCCGCACAGGAUAGCAAGGAAGUGACAUGGAAGUGGACCACCUGGAAUCCUCCGAGCAAACCCGAGAUCUUGAUCGGCUUCAUCGAGCUGCUGGCCAAGUGUCGGAGGAGCUACGCAACUGAUGCCCGCGACAAGAUCUACGGGUUGCUGGGUCUGGCACCCUCAGAAGUGACACAAGAACUCGAGCCUACGUACGAAAUCUCGGCUGAGGUCUUGUUUACCGAGACGGCCGUUAAACUGAUCGAGAGCAGUAACUCCUUGAUAUUGUUCAAUCAGAUUUCCCCUCACAAGUCGAGAGGCCGAAAAACUGCUUUACCUACCUGGGUGCCUGAUUGGGAUUCACCUGGAAGCCAUUGCGCCGAUAUCGAGCUCCGAAUCAAACAAGAAAAGAUAUUCAACGCAUGCGAUUCGGAAGAAUUGAAAUCGGCCAGAAUCCACGACUUCGGGCUGGCCUUGAUGGGCGUCUGCGUGGGAGAGAUAUCCGAUUUCACCAAAGUCAUGCCCCCUCACUGUGAGCACAAAGAUGCUCCGGACCGUUUCAGUGACUGGGAAAAAUUCUCGACAGGGGGUUCGACGCGGGUUUGGGACGAAAGGGUAAAAUCGUCCUUCUCCAAAACAUAUUGGCGCACCAUUUUGAAUGGAGCGGUUCCCGACGACAGCGGCUUUAAUCUACGCAAGGUGCAAAAUGAGGACCUCGACGAAUUCUUACAAUGGCGACACGAGAACAAGUGGGUGGCUGGCACGGAGCACGACUUCGUGCUUCUGCACGGCCGGCACAAGUGGAACGAGCACAUUUCGCGCACAACGGGGGGACGCCAAUUGUUUCGGACCAGAUACGGGGACCUGGGGCUUGGACCCGCCGGGAUCAAAUCGGGCGAUCUCAUCUUCGUCCUUGCAGGAGGCAGCCAUCCGUGUAUACUACGACCAUCCAAGCUUCACGAGCGCCUGUAUACACUGGUUGGAGAGUGCUACGUCGACCACCUGAUGUAUGGGUAUGGAGUCCGCCAUCCCACGGGCGACUGGCGGCACUCCAUGCCUCGGCACCCUGUAUGGCGUCUCUGGUCACGCCACGCCAGCCGUUCAGGUUGGGUGCGCACCAUUACCUUGAACCGGUCUCGAAACGAUGCCAAGAAUAUCCGUACGGAACAUUCUAUGUUGUGGAUACACGACCGCGACAGCAACAACUAUUGGCAGACUAUUGUUCUAUGCUGA